GGUGGCGGGGCCGGGCCGGGCCGGGCCGGGCCGCCGCUGGUUCCCGCCCCGCCGGCACUGCCUGUGCGCAUGCGCGUCCCCCGCCUCCGCACCGGGCCAGAGGGGAGCGGGCCAUACAGCUAGUGGUUGCUUUUCCUGCUGGAUUCAUCAUGAUAACUCCAGCUUUUGAACUGACCCAGGAUCCGGAUUUUCUUACAAUAAUAAUCAAAGUACCUUAUGCCAGAGCUUCAGAGUUUGAUGUGUAUUUUGAAGGGGAAGAUUUUAAGUUUUAUGCUAAGCCAUACUUUCUCAGAUUGACGCUUCCUGGAAGAAUUGUAGAAGAUGGCAGAGAAAAAGCAACUUAUAAUACAGACAAAGGAAUUUUUACAAUCCGGUUACCUAAGGAGAUUCCUGGCCAAUAUUUUGAGGGACUGGACAUGCUGACAUCUCUUCUAGCACCAAAGAAAUCAAGAUCAGCAAAGCCUUUAGUAGAAGAGAUAGCUGCCUCUGCUGAGUUGUCUGAGGAGGAGGAAGAAGAAUUUGACUGGGAAAUAGAGCAGACCUCUUACAAAGAAGGUUCAGGAAGUACCCUACCACUACAGUACCGCUAUGGAUUUGGGAAUUUGCGGUCAGGGGUGUUCCAGCGGCUGCAGGAUGAACUCAGUGAUGUUAUUGACAUUAAGGAUCCAGACCAAACUCCUGUAGAAGAACGUAGGAGGAAGCGCCUGGCAGCUGAGGCUGCCAAGUUUGACCCUGAUCAUUACCUAGCUGAUUUUUUUGAAGAUGAAGCUAUUCAGCGUGUCUUAAAGUACAAGCCAUGGUGGGUUGAUGCUCAUAAAAAAAUGACAGCCUUGCAGAAAGAAAGUCAUCAGGAACAUGGCGCUCAUACAUUUGUUGUCUUUUCUGAGGAAGAGAGAGAGCAGUUGAGAAAGUUCACAAAUAAAUCAUAUCUUCUGGAUAAAAGAAGUCGUCAUCAUAUAUAUCUUGGUUUAAUUGAUAUCCUUCUUGCGUAUUGCUAUGAAAUAUGCAUCAAUGAAGGAGACAAGAAUGUUGAAUCAUCUUGGAAUGUCAGGAAACUAAGUGCAACAUUGUGCUGGCUGGAGAGUUUCACUAGCAUUCAUGAUGUCCUGGUAUCUUUUGGAAGAAGAGUGCUAUGCUAUCCCCUACACAGACAUUUUGGAUUAGUGACACGUGCCUUCAAUGAUACAGUCAUGAUACUGCAACUAGGAAAAGCCGCAGUUUUGAAGUGUCUGCUGGACAUCCACAAGAUUUUUAUGGAGAAUGACCCUGCGUACAUCCUUAAUGAUCUCUUCAUUACAGACUAUUGCAUCUGGAUUCAAAAAACCAAGUCAAAAAAGUUGGCUGCACUCUCUGACUCCUUGCGGAAAACCACGCUCACUAAGUCCCACAUAGGGUUUGAACUAGAAGAGCUGGAAGCAGCAGCAGUGCUGGUACAAGAGGAAGAGAGCGCGUUAAAAGCUGCUGGCACAGUUUCCAAGCAACAGCUGCCUUCCUCUGAGUCGGAGACAAGUGACUCUGAAGAAUCAAGCAGUACUUCAUCAUCUGAGACAGAAGGCUCUGAUUCAGAUGAGCGAGAGUCCUCAACCAGUGAAGAUGGGAAAAUAAAUUCUGUACAAGGCACACUUCAAGAGGAGAGGACAGCUCCACUUAUUGACUGUAAUGGAUUAAGGCAGGGCACAAACACUUCGACUUUUGAGGUUAGUGACGAAAAAUCAAAGGUUUCUUUGCAAUCUACAUCUGUUCCUGGAAAAUUGAUAGAAGAAUUAGAAAAGCAAAUGCACACUGCAAUUAGACUUUCAGAACAGCCUGAAGGAUUGGCUGCCGCAAGCUGCAUUUUACAGGAACAAGAAGAAAACUGUGUAUCUGAACCUGACAGAUUUUCAAAAGAUAGUACUGGGAAGGGAAAUUUCUUGGAGGCGACUUCGAAGACAAACCCAUUGCUUUUUCUCUGCAGCACAAAUGGAGAUGAAGCCUGAAGGGACCGUGUUAGAUAACAUGGUGUGACCCACUAGCAACACAGCUCAUUGCUAUAGUGGGGGCUUCCCAAGGCUAUCCAGAGCUGCAGAAAGAAGUUGGUAUUUUUCUUCUUUGUUGUGUUGACAGUCUGGAGGACAAGACUGCUUUGAAAAGAAUUGAUAUUGGCUGUGUGAUAGAUACCCUCAUAGUUAGAUUUUUAUUUUUCUUCUCUGAUUCCACAGUCUCAGAUUUGGUUUCUACAUGUGGGAAUGUGUAAUUUCAGUAAAUUUCUAGAAACAGGUUUCAUGAAGUUUAUUUGGUAGUAGAAUUAUAUCCUAAUCAAAUAUAACUGCAGGAUCAGAACUGUAGGAUCAUUUUAGCUGUCUUUAGCUGUUGGGAUGUACUUGAAAAAUACCCUCAUUAUGUUUGUAUAAAUUUGUUUAUGACAUUUUGCUGCGGUUUUAAAUUUUAAAAUGCUUUAUAGCUAACCACUUCAAAAAUAAUAGUUAUAACUUUAAAAGUUUAAAUAAUGCUGACAAAUUAUUUUAAUAUAUAUUAAGAUUUUCUAUUUUUUGUACAAAAUAAAGGAAAUUUCUUUAUCAUCAGUGCUAAAUAGUAGGGUUAUCGCUUAUAUUUCCACAAGAUAGAAAUAGCUUAUAUUACUGCAGCUCUUACAUAACUUACUGCAACAGUUUUGCCAUGUAUUUAUUCUUUUGUGCUGUUUUUGAAAUGUUUCCACAUGUGGACACCGCUGUUUCUCUUUAAGGAACAGAAAUCCUAAUUAUUUCUUAUUUCUUUCUCUAUAUGCUCUUAAUAUCACCACAGUAAUGUUGACCCAAAUGAAGAAACAGCAAACCUGUGUUGUCUAGAGCUGGCUUUGUUGUUAGUUAUCGCUUAGCUUUGGCCAACUGAUUUGCUCCUUUUUGUCUUUAUAACAUUAAAAUAAUCCAAUUGGUUGAUA